UGACAGACAGCGCGCGCGCGCCCGAGAGAGAGAGAGAGAGACAGAGAAAAAAAAAGAAAGCAAACACCCACACAUACACAUCUUUCUAGAAAGUCCAACUUGUGUGUGAGAGAAGGUCGGGGGGAAACCUGGCUCUGAGCGGAAUGCACAUGCACACGAGCGCGUGAAGCCGGCUGUUAUUUUUUGUGUGCGCGCGGUGUGUGUGUGUGUGUGUGUGUGUGUGUGUGUGGUGCGGCUCCCGAAAAAAAAAUGCAGCGGCUCUGAGACAAAGGGACUCGGAGCGUCGUUCUCUGUUCACUGCAAACACCGCGGGCUGAGAGGCUGAGGGCCUCCCUGGAUGGAAAGAUGGAAGCAGAGGGACAGUGGUGGAAAAGCCAGCUCGCCUCAGAUAUCCAUCAAGCUCUAAGAAUUAAGGAGCUGAAGUUACCUACAUACCAUGCCCAUUCGCCGCAGAUCGGAAUGAGGCGCUACUUUGCCGACCUGCUCGCCGUCCUCAGUAAUCGCUACCAGCUGUGCCCCACAGCACGCCACCUGGCUGUCUACCUGCUCGACCUUUUUAUGGACCAUUAUGACGUAGCCGUGAGACAACUUUACGUCAUCGCCCUUUCCUGCCUUCUCCUAGCCAGCAAGUUUGAGGAGAAGGAGGACCGUGUGCCUAAGCUGGAGCAGUUAAACACGCUGGGCUUCAUGUGCAGCCUCAACCUGGCCCUGAACAAGCGCGACCUCAUCAAAAUGGAAUUGCUUCUGCUGGAGACCUUCGGCUGGAACCUCUGCAUGCCCACGCCAGCUCACUUCAUCGACUACUACCUCCACGCGGCCGUGCAGGAGGGCGACCUGCACAACGGCUGGCCCUUGACCUCACUGUCCAAGACCAAAGCGUUCAUGGACAAAUACACACACUACUUCCUGGAGAUUUCCCUGCAAGAUCACGCCUUCUUAAGCUUCAGACCCUCACAGGUGGCAGCCGCCUGCAUCGCAGCCUCUCGCAUUUGUCUGCAGAUUUCCCCGAGCUGGACUACAGUGCUCCACCUGCUCACAGGAUAUUCCUGGGAUCAUCUAACUCCAUGCAUCCAGCUCAUGCUGCUUGCGCAUGACAAUGACGUGAAGGAAGCCAACAAGUCCAAGUCAUCACCCUCGUCGAGUCAGGGUGCACAACCUCAAGCUCACGCUUCGCCCGGCCCUGUUCCCUCCGCCUUGCAGAGACACCCUGCAUCCACGUCGCAGCAGCUACUGCUCCAGACUGGCAGCUACCCCUCGCUCACGCAGCACUCCCCUGCUCUGGCGCAGCUCCACAUGCUGGCCGAGUGCCAGGCCAUGGGUGCCGUGAGUACGCGGGAAUACCUCCAGCCGCACCAGACGACCCUGCUUUCUUCCUCCAUGCCGACUGCAUCAUUCCCUUCUUUCCCAAGUCUGGCAUCAGGGCUGUGCGGUUUGCCCUUGCAGGGCCCCCUUUCCAUGCAGGUGAGCAUGGCGACAGAACCACGGCCCUGCGUCAGCCUGGCUUACGCUAACGGCUACCUGGGCUCACAUCACAGCUUCGCAGCCGGAUGUUUCGACAGGUGACGCCAGGAGAGGGAGGACAGACCGACCUCGGGGCGCCCGCUGUCCUCCACCCUUCUCUCUGCCUCCCCGGCGCCAUCCACCCUCAGCCAUAGGCACAGACUCUCCAAACAGAAGGCCCACAGCCGAACAGAUUCAUCAAAGGUCAUAGUAUUAAGUUGAAACAUUCUCAAAUGUGGACCUCUAUACUCCCCCCCC